CGGCCAAGGAGUAACGCGCACUUGUCCGUCUCCGGUGUUUCGAGAGUAAUGAUGCGGGUAUGCUGGUUGGUGAGACAGAAUAACCGGCACCAGCGAAUCAAACUUCCACAUCUGGAAGCAGUCGUGGUUGGGCGAGGCCCAGAGACCAAGAUCACUGAUAAGAAAUGUUCUCGACAACAAGUGCAGUUGAAAGCGGAGUGUAACAAAGGAUAUGUCAAGGUAAAGCAGGUAGGGGUCAAUCCCACCAGCAUUGACUCAGUCAUAAUUGGGAAGGACAAAGAGGUGAAGCUGCAACCUGGCCAGGUUCUCCACAUGGUGAAUGAACUUUAUCCAUAUAUUGUAGAGUUUGAGGAAGAGGCAAAGAGUCCUGGCCUGGAAACAUACAGGAAGAGAAAGAGGUCAGGCAGCAGUGAUUCUGUAGAAAGGGAUGCUGCCCCGGAAGCUGAGCCCAGUACAGGACUGGAACCUAGGAGCAACCCUAGCCAGUCCUUUGUGCCUCCGAACAAGGGGACAGAUAAAUCUACGAAAAAGAAAUCAUUGGGCCACUGGAGCCAAGGCUUGAAGAUUUCUAUGGAGGACCCCAAAAUGCAGGUUUACAAAGAUGAGCAGGUGGUGGUGAUUAAGGAUAAAUACCCCAAGGCUCGUCACCACUGGCUGGUCUUACCAUGGACCUCCAUUUCCAGUCUGAAGGCUGUGACCAAGGAACACCUUGAGCUCCUCAAACACAUGCAUGCUGUGGGAGAAAAGGUGAUUGCAGAUGUUGCUGGGUCCAGCAAACUCCGCUUUCGAUUGGGCUACCACGCCAUUCCCAGCAUGAGCCUAUUACACCUUCAUGUGAUCAGCCAGGAUUUUGAUUCUCCUUGCCUCAAAAACAAAAAACAUUGGAAUUCUUUUAAUACAGAAUACUUCCUAGAAUCUCAAGCUGUGAUUGAAAUGGUACAGGAGGCUGGCAGAGUAACCGUCCAAGAUGGUAUGCCUGAACUCUUGAAGCUGCCCCUCCGUUGUCACGAGUGCCAAAAGCUGCUGCCUUCCAUCCCUCAGCUGAAAGAGCAUCUCAGGAAGCACUGGCCCAAGUGAUUCUGUGGAGCCUGAACUUCUGUAUUAAAUCAAAAUUGGCAGAUGUGUUCUCUAAAGUGCAAGAGAUUCUUUGCAUCCAUGCCUUCACCUAUAAAGUAAGUUUUUUUUGAUAUUAGUGUUUUAUUGAGAAAAGUACACAAAACCCACCUGUGUAUACAACCUCAGAUGAACAUAACCUCACACCUCCUGUUUUCUUACAAAAGCAUCAUUUCUUAGGAGUAAUGUCUUGCUCAUUUCAGCACGUAUCUCAGUUAAUUUGAUUCCUUUUCCUCCAGGCUCAAAAUAAAAUCAAACUCCUCUUGGGUCAGGGGCUGACCUGUGAGUCUCUGGAGUGUGAAGA